AUGCUCCAAAACCAAAGAACAAAGCUAGGAAGGAGACGGAUCGCGGACGGGGAAGAGGCGGUGGCCGAGGCCGAGGCGGCGGGAGGGGCAGAGGGCGAGGACGGGGGCGAGGGUUCUGACCUGACAAUAUCUCAAUAUGGGAGUUUGAGUAAAGGAUUAGAAAGAGGCCAUGUUCUCUACUGCAAUGAGUUUCCAAUCUUAUCUGGGCGUCUGAACCAACGACAAUUAUCACCUCUGAAGAACCCAAUGAUGUAG